AUGUCUUUUGGCUACGGUGUCGGUGAUAUCAUAGCCGUCUCGACUCUGGCACGUACCAUCUGGGGCAGGUUUCGCGACGCUUCCGAUCAAUUCAAUGCCAUCCAAACAGACGUCUUUGGUCUUCACCGCGUCCUCGAUGACAUUGCGAACAACCUCUCUGGAAUCCAGCUUACUGAUAAGCAGGCCGACGAUCUCCCGGUCCUGAUUGAAGGUUGUCGUGGCGUCCUCCAUGACACUGAGAAGCUGAUACGGAAGAACGAGAGCUUGGGUACCGAGUCUUCUGGCGUGAGCUCCAGGACUCAGAAGGCUUUGAGAAAGUUGAAAUGGGACUCUGCUACCGUCAAUGAGCUGCGAGAUCGCAUGAUCUCUAGCACAACGUUUCUGAAUGCCUUCAACACUAGUCUUGCAAGUCAAGCGUCCCGAGCGACAAACCAAAAGGUCGACUCUAUAAUUGAAGACACUCACAAUCUAAGACUAAACCAAAACCAACAAGAGCGGAACGAGUUGUUGCAAUGGCUCUCACCUCUCAACUUUGCCCCACAGCAAAGUGACUUAUCUAAUAGGCGGCAAAAAGAGACAGGUUCAUGGCUUUUGGGGUCUCAUGAAUUCCAAGAAUGGGUGAAUAAGGAGGGAAAGACUCUGGUCUGCCAAGGGAUGCCAGGUGCUGGCAAGACUAUGUUAGCAUCGCUUGUCAUAGAUCGCCUGCAGCAAAUUCCUGGUGAGGAGAACGUUGUAACCGCCUACAUAUAUUGCGACUACAAAAGACAAGAUGAACAGACACCCAUCAACCUUACAGCAAGCGUAACAAAGCAGCUGCUCCAGCACCAAGAUUUGAUUCCGGAAAACAUUUUAAAGAUGUACCAGCACCACCAAAAAAUGGAGACUCGACCUACAUUUGAAGAGGUGUUAGAGAUGACAGGAUCCUCGAUGGCACGUUUGUCGCGGGUUUAUGUUAUAUUGGAUGCCCUCGAUGAGUUAGGGAACGCUGGUCAAGUUCGUCAGACCUUAAUCGGACGCCUACGUCCUCUGCAGGAUCUUCAUCACUUCAAUCUGAUGACGACGUCGCGUUACAUCCCUUCUCUGGCUCUGAACUUCCACCAUCCUCUAUGUAUGGAUGUUCGGGCCAGCCCAGAAGAUAUACGGAGAUACGUGGAGGGGCACACUUCGGAUCUGCCAAAAUGUGUGAGGGAGAGUACGGGCUUACAGGAGGCCAUAGCGACUGCUAUAGUUGACUCGGUCGAGGGAAUGUUUCUUCUGGCUCAGCUACACAUGGACUCGCUUAAGGACAAAACAAGCUCUAAGCUGAUCAAGAAAGCGCUGGAAAUACUGCCAAAAGGAUCGAACGCUCUCGAUCUGGCCUACGAUGGAGCAAUGCAGAGAAUUGAGAACCAAAUGGAAGGUUUCAGACUUCUUGCCAAACAGCUACUGGGUUGGCUUACCUACUCGGAGAGGCUGAUGACGGUAAAAGAAGUACAACAUGCCUUGGCAAUCGAGCCUGGGACGCGAGAGUUUGAUGAAGAUAAUCUGGGCGACAUCGAAGAAGUUCUGGGUUUCUGUGCCGGCUUGAUUAUCGUCGACGAAGAAACGCAGAUCAUCAGACUGGUCCACUACACCACCCAGGAAUACUUCAGGCGAAACGGUGACAGAGUUCUAGCCUGUGCCAAGCAGGACAUUGCGAUAAGCUGUCUUACCUAUUUGCUUUACGAGAAUUUUAAAGAUGGCUGGGCCAACGAAGUACGACAAAAAGAGUUUGCCGAAGGAAACAGAGCCGAAGAUACCCUCAGGAAUAGAGACGAAGACGAAGGGGAAGAGGACUGGGAUUUUCCUUGUGGAAGAUCUGUGAAAGCUCGGUUGCAGAAAUAUCCUUUUCUCGAAUACGCCGCUAGGUAUUGGGCGACUCAUGCAAGAUUGUGUAAGCAGCAGAACGUCAAAAUACUCAUGAUGAGCUUCGCCAAAGACGAUCACAGAGUCUCGAGUGCCAGCCAAGUGCUGUUGGUGCUAGACGGACGAUAUUCUAUCUUUCUAGAUAUGAAUGGGACUAUGUCGCGCAGCCCACUUUCUGCAAUGCACAUUAUCGCGUAUUUCGGUUAUGCAGAAAUGAUCUCACAGCUUCUGAACCACGGUUUCGAGGCAGAUGCCAAGGACCAUUUUCGCCGGACACCGUUGUGGUGGGCGGCAUCACAAGGACAUCACGGCGUGGUGGAAUUGUUACUGUCACAGAGCCAUGUCAAUGUGAACAACCGCGGCCUUUUUACUAUGUUCGGGCGUCUAUUUUAUACUGCGACACCACUGGGCAUUGCUGCACAAGCGGGCAAAGAUGAAACAGUGAAGCUUUUGAUUGAGCGUGAAGACGUGGAUGUGAACUUGCCAGGUCCCUUCGAUAGCUCUCCGCUAUCAUCAGCCGCAAAAGAAGGACAUAGUACAGUUGUUGAACUGCUACUGACACGAAGAGAUAUUGUAAUAGAUUCAGGAGACGAUGCAGGCCAGACGCCCUUGUGGCUUGCAGCUGCGUUUGGCAGAGCGGAUGUAGUCACACAGCUGCUCAAACACGAGAACGUCCAGAUCAAUUCGAAGGAUCAUUUUGGAGACACACCUCUCACAUUGGCUGCAUCCUUCGGUCAACAGGGCAUAGUAGAGAUAUUACUAGGUUGUUCCGACAUUGAAGUGAACACGCAAAACAGACUGGGAUUUACUCCGCUCUUGUAUGCGGUACGUGCAGGCUGGGAAGCAGUGGUGAAGCUCCUGCUAUCUCAUUCCGACAUCGACGUAAACACGCAAGACAGAGAUGGAAGGACUCCGCUCUUGGAUGCGGUACAUUUAGGCCACGAAGCAGUGGUGAAGCUCCUGCUAUCUCAUUCCGACAUCGACGUAAACGCGAAAGAGAAUGGGGGAGUAUCUCCCCUUGCAAGUGCGGUCAUAGAUGGUAACGCAGCGAUUGUGAGGCUCUUGUGCGCACAUCCCGAUGUUGACUUAGACACGAGGGAUAACGAGGGUCGGGAUGUGCUUGCUCUGGUAAAGGAAACGGGGCCACAGCAUUGGAAGUCACAGGCGAACAACGAUGCCCUGGCGCUAAGGCAAGAGGAAUGUCUGGAAAUCCUACGUACAGCCAUCGAGGCACGCUCGCGAAACGGGCCUCAAAAUUCGGAGGUUGUGCCCUCAUGA